UAGAGACACACUGUGUUCACACAUGUGUUUAACGUACAGUAAUAUAGUAUAUUUGCUCACCACAUAAAAAAAAAACAAUCUCAAGAAAUUCAUAAGGUUUUCGUUGAAUUGAAAUUGAGUUGAUUUGGAGUCGAGGUUUAACUUUAAAGGGAAAUGAUUGUGUAUUAUAGUCGUUAAUUGGAAGCGACGGGAAAAAAAAGAGUUUCUGUUCCAUUUAAUUUUGUUAAUAUAUUUAUAUGUGACAGACAAAUAUUGUUUGUUUUCUUUUUAAUUUUAUAUUUGGUUCAAUUCGGCUUUAAGUUCGCAUUCAAUUUUUUUUUGUUUUGUUUUUAAUUCGGAACAAAAAUUUACUCGGAACAAAUCGGUCUGGACCUAAGACAUUGUGAGUUUACAAUAGUGGAAAGCAUCCAAAAUGCCAGUAUUUCAUACGAAAACGAUCGAGAGCAUCUUAGACCCUGUUGCUCAUCAGGUGUCUCGUUUGGUCAUUCUUCACGAAGAAGCCGAAGAUGGAAAUGCCAUGCCAGAUCUUAGCCGACCCGUUCAGGCGGUGUCAUUGGCCGUUGCUAACUUGGUUAAAGUGGGCAAAGAAACAAUAAACAGUUCCGACGAUGACAUACUCAAACAGGAUAUGCCACUAUCGCUUACGCGAGUCGAAAAUGCAUCACAACUGCUUGAAGAAGCGUCGGCUAUGCUACGUGGAGAUCCAUUUUCCGGACCAGCUCGAAAGAAACUGAUCGAAGGUUCUCGUGGAAUUUUACAGGGAACGUCGUCGUUGCUUCUGUGUUUCGACGAAUCCGAAGUGCGGAAAAUUAUUCGCGAAUGUAAACGUGUGCUGGAUUAUCUUGCCGUUUCCGAGGUGAUUGAUACAAUGGAAGAUUUAGUGCAAUUUUUAAAAGAUCUCAGUCCGUGUUUGAGCAAAGUUUCACGGGAAGUUGGUGCAAGAGAAAAAGAGCUGACACAUCAAGUUCACAGCGAAAUAUUGGUUCGCUGUUUGGAGCAGGUGAAAAUAUUGGCACCAAUUUUGAUUUGCAGUAUGAAAGUUUACAUUCACAUCAUGGAACAAGGAGGUAAAGGGGCAGAUGAAGCAGCUGAGAAUCGAAAUUACUUGUCGUCGCGAAUGAGUGACGAAAUCCAAGAAAUUAUCAGAGUGUUGCAGCUUACUACCUACGAUGAAGACACAAGUGAAUUGGAUAAUUUGACUGUAUUGAAAAAGAUCAACAAUGCCAUUCACAAUAAAAUGGAACCGGCACUGGAUUGGCUAGCGAAUCCAUACGCUCUUCGAGGUGGAGUUGGCGAGAAGGCGUUGCGACAAAUUAUUGAAAACGCUUACAAGGCAGCUGAUCGAUGCCUGCCACAGGAUGCUUAUGUCAUCCGUAAAUUGGCUGGCGAAAUAUCAUCAAUGGCCAAUAAACUAUGCGAUCUGAGACAAGAAGGUAAAGGAAACAGUCCACAAGCACUGCAAUUGGCUAAAGAUAUUCGAGACAAAUUGCACGGUUUGGAGCAAUCGGUCUUGAAUGCAGUUAUUGACGUUGACAAAGCUGGUCUUCAACAAGCAGCUCAUACUGUUCAAGGCCGUCUUGAGCAAGCAUGUCGUUGGCUACAAAAUCCAGGUAUCGAUGACAAGGGAUUGGGUCAUCGUGCUAUUGCUUUGAUCGUCGAUGAGGGCAAAAAAGUUGCUGAAGGUUGUCCGGGACACCAGAAGGCAGAAAUUCUUCAACUUUGUGAUGAAGUUGAGAAACUUUCGGCCCACUUUGCUAAGUUGUGUUCGAAUGGUUUGGGCAACUCGCCUGAAGGUCAAGAGGUAGCAAGAAAAUUGAAUGCCAAGCUACACGAGCUCAAGCAGAAGAUCCAAAAUGCAUUAGUCAAUCGCGUUGUCGAAGAUUUCAUGGACGUUUCUACACCAUUGAAACAGUUCACAGAAGCCGUCAACGUGCCGGAAGGAACACCGGGACGUGAAGAGAACUUCAAUCAAAAAUCGAAUAACCUGCAGGCAUUCAGUGAUCGUGGUUCGAAAACGAGUCGAAUGGUUGCAGCUGGUGGUUCUGGUGGCAAUAAGAAAAUUGCUGAAGUGCUACUUAAUUCAGCCGCUCAAAUUGAUAGUUUAACACCUCAACUCAUUUCGGCUGGACGCAUUCGCAUGAACUAUCCAUCGAGCAAGGCAGCUGAAGAACAUUUCAACAAUUUGAAGCAGCAAUAUGCGGACACAAUGUUACGAAUGCGAACAUUGUGUGAUCAGGCUACAGAUCCUUCCAGUUUCAUAAAGACAUCCGAAGAGCAAAUGCAAAAAUAUACAUUCUUGUGCGAAGAAGCCAUUCGGAACAAACAGCCACAGAAGAUGGUCGAUAACACGUCAAACAUUGCCCGUUUAGUUAACCGCGUUAUUUUGGUAGCGCAACAGGAGAAAGACAAUUCAGAAGAUCCACAGUAUAUUGCAAAAUUGGCUGCAGCUACAAACAAACUGUCCAACAAUCUUCCAGUCAUGGUGCAAUAUGCCAAAGAAGUUGCUUCGAAUAUUCACGAUCCAGCAGCAGCAUCACAUUGGCGAGAAGCCAAUAAACAGCUCCUCUCCGACGUUCGUGAUGUUCGUGGUGCCAUUUCACACACUCCCGAAGUGCCUCCUCCACCAGAUAUGUCUGCAUUACACUUGAAUGAUAAUGCUCCACCUCGUCCACCACUUCCUCGCGAUUCUGCACCACUUCGACCACCGCCACCAGAAACUGACGACGAAGAAGAAGUAUUCAAACAUGCACCUCACGCAAAUCAACCGAUUUUGGUGGCGGCCCAUGGACUCCAUCAAGAGGUGCGCCAAUGGUCAUCCAAAGACAAUGAGAUUAUUGCUGCUGCUAAACGAAUGGCAGUGUUAAUGGCACGUCUUUCGGAAUUGGUGCGUGCCGAUUCAAAGGGCAGUAAACGGGAAUUGAUUGCAACAGCAAAAUUGAUCGCCGAAGCGUCAGAGGAUGUGACCCGGCUAGCCAAGAAAUUGGCUAGAGAAUGUACGGAUAAGAGAAUAAGAACGAAUUUACUUCAAGUCUGCGAAAGAAUUCCAACCAUCGGAACCCAAUUGAAAAUCUUAUCAACUGUGAAGGCAACGAUGUUGGGUGCUCAAGGAUCUGACGAAGAUCGUGAAGCAACGGAAAUGUUAGUUGGUAACGCUCAGAAUCUAAUGCAAAGUGUUAAAGAAACUGUACGUGCAGCUGAAGGUGCUAGCAUCAAAAUUAGAUCUGACCAAACGAAUCAUCGACUCCGAUGGGUGCGACGUCAGCCAUGGUAUCAAUAUUAAUUUUUACAAUUUUAUCGUUUAGUUUGUUCAAAGAUGCCAAAACAAAAUUUAUCAUUGUUUGAAAGAAUGCAAAGAGAUUUUGUGCUCUAACCAUCCAACGAUUAACCGUUUUUUUCUUCUUCGUUUAACCAGAGUAUAUUAACUUAAAAUGUAAUAUCCCGUUGAAUAACCAAUUCAAUUUUUUUUUUAUUAAAUUUGUUUGUUGGUUAAGAUCAGACGGAGGAAAAGAUUUAGUCUGUAAGGAAAGACAUUUUGUGUUCGAAAAUUAAUAAUUUUCUUUAGAAUUUGUGUGGAUGAUAAUUACUAUAAAGUCUGAUCCGGAUGAAACGAAAAAUUCAAUUUUUUAUUUAAAGUGCAAAAUGCGUUGCGUUCUGAGUCGGUGGAUUACGAUUUUAAUUUAAUUGGAAAAGUGCCUUAUUUUCUACUAAUAAAUAAAAAGCUCCGACAAAAAAAUGAACUAAUUUUAAAGUAUCAAAAAGACGUCAAGGAACAUACAGGUUUGUCAAUAUUAUAUUCCACACUUUUGACGGUGUUAAACAGAAGCAUUGAUCACCGGAAGCAGUGCCUAUUAAAGUUUUAAAAAAAUCCAAUAGUGGAAAUCUUAAAAUUAAAUCGGCUAAAUAUCCCGCUCAGAAUAUUGCAAAAGUUCCUUUCACUCGGCGAUUUAUUGAAUGUCAGGUAAUCAAAAAUUGACAACUCGGGUCGUUAGGGGUAUUUACUUACCACGCAAUUAGUCUUGCGUCGGAUUUAAGAGAACCGUCUUGAGUUCUAACUCUGUUGGCCACUUCGGAAGUAGUAAAAUGGAAAACACAUCAUGGCGUUCCCAGGACUGUGUGGAUUCGAGAAAGUCCUAUAUUACGGAAUGGUGCAUGGUGUCUAGGAGCAAUUAUAAAUGGUGAACAUGUAGGAGGUUCUAAAUUGAAUGUAUUCGCUAAAAUUAGCCUCAGAUCAAAUUAUGUCCGCUAAAGGUGGACAGACACCAAAGCUCAUCUUUACAACGAACUUUUAUUCACCCUGAUCAGAAUUUGAAAUCGAGAACAAAGUUCUGUAAGCUUUGCUAUUAACAUUUUUUAUACAAAAAUCGAUGAGCGUGGUGUAAAUAUUUCGGAGAAUCGAAUGCGAAACUAUGCGCUUUUUUGUAGACUAGACAACAUCUUCGCAUUCAAACCAAAAAAAAAUGUUUUGUUCUAAUUGACUGUGUCACAUAUCCCAUUCACCUGUAUUUAAUGAAUUGCACUGUACAAUAUCACCUUAAAUGUAAAAUAAAUUUAUCUUCAGUGGAAAUAGAUCAUCAUAAUCAUCACUUGCCUUUUUAACUUUUACACUUUGCGCGAUUAUGAUGAAUUUAAAUUACUAUUUUUUACAAAAAAUUUUGCAGGUGUGAUUACGAUGGGUAGAAAUUUACCGAAAUUUCAUUGCUACUGUCCAACGAAAUUAGAUAGCUGUAGGUUUUUUUUUGUUUUUUCUCAAUUUUAAUUAUUUAAAGAAAAAAAAUCGAGUUAAAUUAGUACGCUUUUAGUCGGUAAAAAUGGCUUGUCUUCUCUUUAGAAACAAAAAUAAAACAAGUUGUUGCCUUAUAAUCGUAAAUGUUUCAGUAAGUGUCUUUAUCAUAACCUGACAACGGAGGCUUACAUGUAAUAAACUUGAACUUGGUUUUAAAAAAAAUGCAAUUUGAAUGUCUGAUUGUGAUCUUAAAAAAUUGAAGCAAUAUUUAAAAGAAAAUUAAAGA